GCCCCGCCCGUCCGCCCCGCCGCCCUCCCGCCGUGCCCCGCGCGGCCAAGAUGGCGGCCAAGAUGGCGGCGCCGUGGCGGGGUCUGUGGGUGCUGGCGGCGGCGGCGGCGGCGGCGCUGGGCGGCGGCGGCGGCGGGACCUGCCGGGGCGGCACCGGGAUGCGGCCCGGCGACACCGAGACCUGCGGCCUCUCCCUGCCCCUGGAGCACUCCUUCGAGCUGGAUGACACCCCCCGGUUCCGCAAGCGGGGGACGGUGACCUGGACCCCCGGCGCCGAGCCCGCCCUGACGCUCGCCCAGAAGCAGCUCAGCGAGGACGAACGCAACCAGCUGCGGGAGGUGGCGGCCCGGGACGGGCUGUACCGGGUGCGGAUCCCCCGCAAGCCCCCGGCCCCCGGGGAGGAGAGCGGGGCCCAGUACGUCACCUCCUUCGUGCGGGCGUGCGCCCUGGUGGAGUCCCACCUCUCGGACCAGCUGACGCUGCACGUGGACGUGGCCGGGAACGUGGUGGCCCUGGGGGUGGUGGCCGUGCCGGGGACCUGCCGCCGCCGCCACCUCGAGGACGCCGACCUGGAGCUCUUCAACACCUCGGUGGCCCUGCGGCACCCGCUGCCCGCCGCCACCCCCGAGACGGCCGCCUUCAUCCGGCACCUGGAGCAGGAGCAGGCGCAGCGCGCCAAGAACCCCCAGGAGCAGAAGUCCUUCUUCGCCAAAUACUGGAUGUACAUCAUCCCCAUCGUCCUCUUCCUCAUGAUGUCCGGCGCCCCCGACGCGGGGGGGGGACAAGGGGGGGGCACGGGGGGUGGGGGGGGCACAGGGGGCAGGUGAGACCGACCCCCCACUCCCCCAAACCCCCCUCCCCAAACCCCACGGGGGGGGAGGGGCAGCGAAUAAACCCUUCUGUGACCCCCCCA